GGGAAGUGACGCAUGAUGGGACAAAGCCUCUCCUCUUAUCGCUAUCAUCCCACCCUGAAGCAGCUCACCGACAUGUGUUCAGAACUCGAUGUGGGUUACCUUUCUGUGGCAAUGUGGACCAUUGGCCUUGGAGCCAUAGGGGCUGCUGUGACAGGGAUAAUCCUUGCCAAUACGGAUUUAUUUCUGUCUAAAACAGAAAAGGCUUCAUUGGAUUUUCUAGAGGCGAUAGAUCUGAAGACUUUGGGAGAAGGAGAGCAAAGAACAUUCAAAGCAGAAGAACUGUGGAAGAAGAAUGGUGCUGUCAUCAUGGCAGUGCGGCGACCUGGAUGAUUUUUGUGCAGAGAGGAGGCUGCUGAGCUGUCCUCUCUGAAGUCCCAGCUUGACCAGCUGGGUGUACCCCUGUAUGCUGUCGUGAAAGAAAAGAUUGGGACUGAGGUGGAGGAAUUUCAACCAUAUUUCAAAGGGGAAAUAUUUCUGGAUGAAAAGAAACGAUUCUACGGGCCUCAGAAAAGAAAGAUGUUGUUCUUGGGUCUAAUUCGCUAUAGCGUCUGGAGGAAUUUCUUCCAUGCUUGGAAGAGUGGUUAUACUGGUAACUUGGAAGGAGAAGGCAUUAUCCUGGGAGGAGUGUUCGUUGUUGGUCCUGGGAAGCAGGGUGUUCUAUUGGAGCAUCGUGAGAAGGAAUUUGGAGACAAAGUAAGUCUUGAUGCUGUCAUUGAUGCUGUUAAGAAGAUCAAGCCAUAACCUUCAGAACAUAAAAAAUAAAGAUAGAUGGCCCUCUUCGCUACAAAAAUAGUUCUUCUUGUAUCUCUGUUAGGCUCUAAAUCCUUCCCACAUAUCAGCAACAUAAUGUUCCGUCAUAAUGGCUGUUUGGUACUACUAUUGGCUCUAGGUAUUCCUUCCAUCUUUGUCUUACUGGAUUAAUGAAGGGCUUGGUCUGAAACCUGAAGAUCUAGCCAAGAUGGUUUCCAGUUAGAACAAAAGUGCCAGGUGUAUCUGGAUAUUAGUAUGGAUAAUUGAUGGUGGGAAACUAAUAAAAACUACAUUCAGAAUUA